GGGUAUAUUCUAGCCCAAUAACACCGAUACACAAUGAGGUUCUUGUGCGACAGUCAGCAGCAUUAAAGACGGUGAGGCGGGGAUUCCGAGCUGACGGCUGAGCAUAAGCACAACUCUCAACCUCCCUCCUUCACCACGCACAACACCAUGGCUUCAUUUCGAUCCCUGUCGCGCCUUGCCAUUGCAACCCUCUUCCUCGCAUGGAGCUUCCCCUACCUCCAAGGCCGCUUCCGUGUGCUCACCAUCUUAAUCUCAAACAGCCCCAACAACCUGCCGGAGCUCAACAAAUUCAGCACAUCGUCGAUAAAAUUCCAGAACAAAGUCCGCAACUGCGAAGAUGGAAUCAUCAUCGAUGAAGACGCCCUCGCCAUCCUAAGCUGCGACCCUGGCCGCGACCUGUGGAAUACAGUCAUGGGCACAUUCCACCCAGACCGCGCCGCCAUUCCGAACGGGAAAUUGUGGAUUUAUCGCUACGAACUGCCUGAGACAUCGGAAAAUGCUCUUGUGCCGAUUGAAUUUGAUCUCGACGGUUAUGAAGGGGAAUUCUCCUUCCACCCGCUCAGUGUCGAGUAUCACCGCGAAAGCGGCACGCUGGUUGUGUGUAACCACCACAUCGACGGAUCGCGUAUCGAAGUUUUCACUUUGACGAUGAAUUCCAAGGGCGCUGUGGCGAAGCAUACUCGCUCGAUUAUCCACCCGCUGCUCAGGACCCCGAAUUCCGUUGUCGCGUUGACUGGGAAUGAGUUUUAUAUCACGAAUGACCACUAUUUCCGACGGAAGGACUACCCAGUUCUAGCUCUGGCUGAGACUUAUGGAGGUAUCCCGGGUGGAGGUGUCGCGUAUGUGAACAUUGCCGCGGAACCUAUUGAAGUAAAGACUGUCGCGCGCGGUCCGUUCGCGAACGGGGUUACGUUGCUGAAUGAGUCGACCGCUGCGGUUGCAUUUUCGGCGGCGGCGGAGGUUCGACUGUAUAGCAGGCAAGAGGAUAACUCGCUCCAGCAGGUGGAUGCGAUCCGGCUGCGCUUUGUGCCGGAUAAUCUGUCUACUGAUAAAGAUGGGAGUUUGUUGAUUGCGGGACACCCGCAUCCGCCGUCGCUGGAUAAGACUGUGCAUGCCCGGACGGAGUGUAAGGGUGUGGAUGGUGUUGUUCCCCAGGAGUGCUGGAAGUCGACCUCGCCGUCUUGGGUGGAAAGGUGGACUGCUGCUGAAGGGUUGGAGACUCUGUAUGUGUCCAGCAAGGAGUUUGGAUCUAGUGCCACGGCAGCGAAGGAUGCGGCUAGGAACAUUGGCAUAGUCACUGGGUUGUAUGAAAAUGGGAUUCUGGUCUGGAAGGAGUAGGGAGAGACGUCAUGAGUCCGCUACCUCUUCCAUUUUAUAGCCUUGAUUAAUAUAUCUGGUGUGAUAAGCACGAUAUCAAUAUGACAUGAAGCCUCGCUCCAAUAUUGCCACGUUGGCCAUCCCGCCUUGCAUAA